UCACUGCCACAAAGUAAACAGAUGUGGUAGGAGGAGAACAAGAGACAUUUUUCCACUUGACGUUUACCCACCUUGCAGACAAAAAAAAGUUUAUUAAAAACUAUUAAAAUGGGAAAAUGUACCUGGAUUUUACUGUUAACUCAUAUUUUGCGUACCUGGGGACAGAUGAUAGAGCUAUCGCCCACACCUUGCAAUGACAAAGCUGUGGAGAAGCUUUCCAAAUUGGCCCUCACCUACAUCAAUGAAGACCGAACCGAGGGGUAUAAAUUUGCCCUCAAUAGAAUAUCCAACGUUCAUCUUCACGCUCAGGGUCCAGCUGGAAACGUCUACUAUCUCCGUCUUGAUGUGUUGGAGACCAAGUGUCAUGUGAGAACCUCUAAACCCUGGAAACGAUGUGACGUCAGACCCUUCAUGGAAACCCAAAUCUCUGGGAACUGCAACACCACCAUCCUCCACACAGCCACAGGAUACUCCUACCUGUACAGCUAUGACUGCACACUGGUGCCUGACCCUCCAGAGAAGCUGCAGCAGAUAUGUCCAGCCUGCCCCUUGCUGCUGCCCAUAGACAGCCCCAGGGCGGUGCACGCUGCUGGUCUGACCCUCUACAAGUUCAACACGCAGAGCACCCUGCCCUCCAGCCUGGCCCUGCAGAACCUUACCAGGGCCUCCGUACAGAGUGGGCCCGUGCCGGCUACCUUUGUGGAGUACACUGUGCAGGAGUGUCGCGAGGGCUACGUGGGCAUGUGUGUGCCAACAGACAACAGCGGAGACCCAGCUGGGUUUUGUAAGGGGGCGGUGUAUGGACCUAUCGGCCAACCAGACGUGGAUGUCUCUUGUGAAAUAUUCCAUCCACAGGGCAUUGAUGUUUUCCAUGACCUGACCCCUCCUCGACCCCCAAUGAUGCCUGAAAUACCCAUCUUUGUUCCCAAUGUCCCCAUUAUCAUCCCCUCCUACCCCACAGCACCCCCUCCUCUUCUGGAGGAGCCCCAACCACAACCCUUUGACCCCAGUAUCCUUGUUGACCCUACACGCAUCUUUCCCAACCCCCUAUCCCCGACCCCAACCCCCCUAUCCCCAACCCCACCCCCCCUGUCCCCAACCCCAACCCACCUAUCCCCAACCCCAACCCCCUGUCCCCAACCCCAACCCACCUAUCCCCAACCCCAACCGUUCGUCUUCCAGCGAGUCUUUGGAGUCUCAGGAGACUCCAGUCUCUCCAGGGGUUCCAGACUCUCCUCCGAGGAGCUGGGUGCAGGUGUGGCUAGACCACCCUUCAACUUCCGCUACCGGCCCCUGCGCAGACGGAGGCAGGCCCUGGUGACAGCCAAGCCCCCUCACACCCCUGUCUUUCUGGCUGAGUUCCCCAGCUCACCCUCUCCCUUCCGCUCCUGCCCUGGUCCUUCUCGCUACACCACUGUGUGACCCAGACUGGGAUAGAGCCUCAUUCAGUAGGGGAACUAACUUUAAAGUUAGGAGACUGGUAUAAAUUGUAGAGUUAAAGUUAGGGGACUGGUAUAAAUUGUAGACUUUAAAGUUAGGAGACUGGUGUAAUUUGUAGACUUUAAAGUUAGGAGACUGGUGUAAUUUGUAGACUUUAAAGUUAGGAGACUGGUAUAAAUUGUAGAUUUUAAAGUUAGGAGACUGGUAUAAAUUGUAGACUUUAAAGUUAGGAGACCGGUAUAAAUUAAAGUUAAAGUUAGAUAAAAAAAAAUAGAUAGAUAGAAAAAUAGAGCUUUUUGGUCUAAACUCCACUUGCCAUGUUUGGAGGAAGAAGAAGGAUGAGUACAACCCCAAAGACACCAUCCCAACCGUGAAGUAUGGAGGUGGAAACAUCAUUCUUUAGGGAUUGAGGGGAGGAUGGAUGGGGUCAUGUAUCGCGAGAUCUUGGCCAACAAACUCCUUCCCUCAGUAAGAGCAUUGAAGAUGGAUCACGGCUGGUUCUUCCAGCAUGACAACGACCCGAAACACACAGCCAGGGCAACUAAGGAGUGGCUCCGUAAGAAGCAUCUCAAGGUCCUGGAGUGGCCUAGCCAGUCUCCAGACCUGAACCCAAUAGAAAAUCUUAGGAGGGAGCUGAAAGUCCGUAUUGCCCAGCGACAGCCCCGAAACCUGAAGGAUCUGGAGAUGGUCUGUAUGGAGGACUGGGCCAAAAUCCCUGCUGCAGUGUGUGCAAACCUGGUCAAGAACUACAGGAAACGUAUGAUCUCUGUAAUUGCAAACAAAUGUUUCUGUACCAAAUAUUAAGUUCUGCUUUUCUGAUGUAUCAAAUACUUAUGUCAUGCAAUAAAAUGCAAGUUAAUUACUUAAA